CAGGACCCAGACUGGAGCAUUCUGGCAUCGAGGCCUCUGCUCUUAACAGCACUAUGCUGCUUUGGAUGACCAGAGCAGGAUUCUGCCAGUCUCAGACCUCCGCUAGUGAUGAAGAUGCCAGCAGGGGUCCCGUCUUCAACCCUGAACUGGUCAUUGCCCACUGCUUCAAGCAGUUCAAGCAGAAGGACUUCCACCUGCCUCGAAGCCGCCGGCGGAUCAUCAUCUUGCCUCGAGAGGAAGAUGCGACUUCCGUUGUCAAUCCAACACCACAGCCCCAGGCUCCCUCACAAAUCAUCCCCAGCUUCAAAGCCCUGGAAGCCAGGGAUGUCCAAGAGCCCCCGGAGGAUGUGAGAACCUGGAUGAGCCAGAGGUUGAAAUUUCGGCAGGAACUAGAGUCAUGUGUCAACGUAGACAGGUGGCUGCAGAACAAGUCCAGCCUCACGCCUUCAGAGGCCAAGAUCUUACGCAUGACCCAAAAGGAGCACCCUGUGGACCCGCUGAUGGCCCACUUGAUUCCUCCCAGCCCCACCAAGAAGAAAAUCGUCCGACCGUUCCACCAACCGAUACCCCAGCUCCGACUGCCCAAGCCCUCUGCCCUGUUUGUCUUGUACUCCUACCUGCGCAGCCACAACAUGAAGAUCCUGGAUAUAUUUGCCAGGGUGGAACAGGGCAAUAACCAGGCGAUCUCCAGGGAGCUGUUCAUUAUGGCUCUGAAGGUGCUUGAAGUCCCUCUGGGAAACCAGGAGAUAGAGGAUAUUGUGAUCUAUCUCAGCUCUCUGGGGAAGCACAACAGCAUCACCAUGGAUAGCCUGAGCAACACCUACAAGCAGUGGUCCUUGGCUCAGCAGAAAAGCAUGCUGAGAACUACAAAGGAUUCCUAUUUUAGGUCUUCCAAGCGCAAAGCUUUGUCUCGGCAGCUGUCCAAGAAGCAGGUGAAUUUAGCUCCAAAGCCUCCCAAGAUGGACCAGCUGACUGUGCCUGUGGUUGACACUACGAUGGAGGCAAGGCCCUUGAGCCUGGAGGACAUGGAAGACAUUGGCAAGCGGUACCGGCAGAGGAAGCGGCAGACCAAGCUCACAAUCCCCUCCAUCCAGUACACGGAGCAGUGCCGCCUGGUGCGCAGUGGGAAUAAGCAUUUUGACAACCACUGCCUCCCGUCCACCAUCCCCGGGGAGAUGGGCGAGCUCAUCAAUCAGUUCCGAACGGACACCUUUCUGCUCUACCUGAAGUGCCAGAAGGUCUGUCAGGACUAUGGCCUCCCGCUGACGGAGGACAUCCUCAUAAAAGCCCUGCUGUACCCAGGGGACAAGAUCAUUUUCCAGAAGGACGAGGUGCGCCCCAUCCGGCAGCCAGGAGGCUACUACGUGGACCUCCUCCUCAGCCCAACUGCAGCCCUGCUCAAGUCCAUGGGCUUCAAAGAGCUUGCGGCUAAGAAGACCAACAAGAAACAGUCAAAGAAAAUGGACUUUGAAGAUUUUGAGAAAUUCACCAGGAAGCUGAAGGAGAAGAGGCCCCGUGGUCCACAGCGUACCCACCCCAAUUUCUUCUGGCCGGGUCACCUCCUGGACAAACUGCAGCUCUACCUGCCCUCUGUGACUGUGGACCGGAGCCUGAUGCUAUUCAGUUGUGUCCAACAGCAGCCCCCAGUUUACCCAGGCACCUACCACUCCCACCUGUGAUGGCCCAUUAGGAAUAGGGACGACAUGACCUGUGUUUAUUUCGAUGCCCCCAAGGUCUACUACAUCGACCAGAGUGGCCCAGGUGAUGUCAGACCCAGCCAUCCUGGGCUGGACACCAGUGCAGCUAGCAGCCUAGAGCCAUAGACACCAGGAGUGUCAAAGAGCCAAACAGAAGAAAUCAUUUCAGUGGGAUGGCCUGGGGCUGGUGUAUCCAGAGUCAAGUGGUGUCCAGGGUCUCAGAGGCAGAUGUGUCCAGGGAAAGAUGAGCAGUUUUGGGGUGUUUCCCUGGCCUUUUGAAAUAAACCAGACUGGAGUUUCUAUCAUGUCA